UUGUUAUCGCUAGUUUGAACUAUUCUUUGCGUGAAUUAGCAGAGGAAAUUUUCUUUCAUCAACCACAGUAGGUGUCUUUCAGUUUUAUGUGCCUGCGACAGAUGACCAAAUACACUUAGAAUGAUUCAGUGUAUUUCUGAGUGGAAAGAAAACAAGUAUCGUUUAAUCAGUGCUUUUCUGAAGUAGGCCGAGCUUUAAAGACUAUCGUACUCGGGAACCCUGCGUACUCGGAUAUUCAUUAUCGAAAAUGGCGUUACAAGUAAUUUGGUCGCUUGCUGUAUUCAUUCUAUCUGGUGCUUUCUCUGUUCCAGGAGUGAAUUCUCAAUGUCCGUCAAAAUGUUCCGUCAGCUUGCUGAACGUAUGGCCUGGAAACGGCUACCAUGCAAGAAUCCAGAUCACAUCACCAAUCUUCAUCCGUGCGUUCAGUUUUGCAAGGAUUUUUUUCCACUUCGAUGGUGAGGUGUCAAGAAUUGAAAAUAUUCACGUACAAGGAGGAAUUGUGAGGGAAAUUAGAGUAAAGAAUGACAAAAAGACGGUUACUUUUUUGUUUCGACCAGACCAAAAUGUCGGAAAGGGGAAAAAGCUUACGAUGGAGUUUUAUGUUAGACAAUCAGGCUCUUCUCCCAAGCUCACAGAAGUAAGAUUUUGGAAGAGGGUUGCAUGCAGCAACAUACCCUGCACAGGCAGCACCCAAAAACCAUCAACUACGCAAACAGUGCUGCCCACGCAAUUUUCAUCCUGUUCUACAGUACAGAAGCUUCUUCAGGUUGGCCCAGGGUUCUUCAAAGUUAAACUUCUCCUACCAGUGUCUCAAGUUUUGAAUGGCUGGAAAAUCGAGCUUCAGUUCACGAAACCGGUUCUCGGAAUAAGUAAUUUUGAUGCUAACCUUGUCGAAGUGAGGAGGAAAAUGUACUUUCGGCUAGAGAAUUUCAAACAUAAUCAAGUACUUCAACCAGGCACGUUUUCUGUAAUACUGAUGGUGCAUUAUCAACAUAGUAUGUCCCAACCACCAAAGAUUGCGCUUGUAAGAUUUGGAACUUUCCGCUGCCAAAGUAGCGAUGCUUUAACUGUUGUGCCAACACAAACAGCUCCCACUUCUGAACCAACAACAACCCAAAAAUCGACUGCAAAGCCAAUGACAACCAAGGCAACAACCCCCAAGACACCAGGUCAAACAACACAAACAGUGACGACUGUUGAUCGAACAACUUUGCAGUCUACAGUCAAAUUGACUACUAAAAAAAGCACUAUCUCCACUGUAGCACCAGGCUGUGCGCCAAAAUAUGACUACAGUAAAGUAUUGCAGUUAUCGUUGUUGUUCUACGAGGCUCAAAGAUCAGGGAAGUUGCCUAAAUCGAACCGUAUUUCUUACAGAGGGGACUCUGCCUUAAAUGAUGGCAGAGAUGUUGGAAAGGAUCUUUCUGGAGGGUAUUACGAUGCUGGGGACUUUGUCAAGUUCGGGUUUCCUAUGGCCUAUACGAUUACUGUGCUGUCAUGGGGAGUGAUUCAGUAUGGCCCUGGAUAUAAAGCAGCUGGACAAUACAGGUACGCAUUGGAUGCUAUUAAAUGGGGCACGGACUAUUUGAUUAAGUGCCAUACUGCACCGAAUGAAUUGUAUGGCCAAGUUGGUGAUGGUGACGUGGAUCAUGCCUUUUGGGGGAGACCUGAAGAGAUGAAGAUGCGUCGACCAUCGAUGAAGAUUGAUGCCACAAAACCAGGCUCUGAUCUUGCUGGAGAAACCGCCGCUGCACUGGCCGCUGCAUCUAUUGUCUUCAAAGACGACGCGACGUAUUCAGCGACGUUGAAGAAACACGCACGUGAGUUGUACGAUUUCGCAAGUACGUACCGUGGAGCAUACAGCAACUCCAUACCAAAUGCAGCAAAAUUUUACAGAAGUUACAGUGGGUACAAGGACGAACUGACAUGGGCAGCAGCAUGGCUCUAUCGUGCUACGAAGGAGCAAAGAUACCUUCAGGAUGCCAGAAGCUUCUACACUCAAUUCGGAAUGAAUUCACUGGCGAAUGAGUUUUCUUGGGACGACAAGAAAGCGGGCGCGCAGGUUCUUAUGGCUCAGAUCACUGGGGAGAAUUCAUUCAAACAAAACACUGAAGCGUUUUGCGAUGCCAUUCUCAGAAGGCAACGAACCCCGAAAGGAUUGGUUUUCAUCAGCCAGUGGGGAUCAAACAGGCACGCAGCCAAUGUGGCAUUUAUCUGUCUUAUGGCAGGGGAUCUGGGAAUCAAGACAAGCACAUACCGGACGUUCGCCCGCUCACAGAUUCACUAUAUUCUUGGAGACGCAGGCCGUAGUUUUUUAGUUGGGUUCGGAAACAACCCACCACAGCGACCCCAUCAUGGGUCGAGUUCUUGCCCCAAUCGUCCUGCCCCUUGUGGGUGGAGCGAUUACAGCAGUAGAAACCCGAACCCACAGACCUUGUAUGGUGCCCUCGUCGGUGGACCUGAUAGUAACGAUAAUUAUGCUGAUGUGCGCAGUGAUUACGUCAAGAAUGAAGUUGCUUGCGACUACAAUGCCGGAUUUCAAUCUGCUGUUGCAGCUCUAAGGCAGCUUCAAAGCAAAGGCGAGUGUUAAAUCAAUUGACAUUUUUCUUUGUUAACUGAGUAACAGCUAUCAUAAAUGGAAUGUCUAAUGAUAAAUUUUGGUUGGAA